GUCGUGUUGGCGACACUCACUUUAUGUCAAAAACUGACAUCGAUGCAUUUAAAGUUCUUUCAUUCUUUUCGUGUUUAAUUUUUAUGUGUCAGGACGUUAAGAGAACGUCAUGCCUUUCGCGCGAUUCGUAGAACCAGGGCGGGUCGCCCUGGUAGCCGAUGGUCCUUUGAAGGGAAAAUUGGUCAGCGUGGUCGACGUCAUUGAUCAGACCCGAGCUCUUGUGGAUGGACCCGGUAGCGGUGUGUCCAGACAACAAAUCCGCCUAAACCAGCUUCACCUCACAAAGUUCCGCCUCAAGUUCCCCUUCACAGCUCCGACACGGAUCGUCAGGAAAGCGUGGACAGAGGCCAAACUGAAUGAGAAAUGGACAGAAAGCCAAUGGUCACAGAAACUGGCUAACAAAGAAAAACGGGCACAGAUGACAGAUUAUGACAGGUUCAAACUAACAUCAGCGCGUGUAAAGAGGAACCGUGCUAGGACUGCGGUAUUCAAGAGUCUGAAGGUGAAAGCGGCGCGUGCUGGCACUUUUGGCAAGAAGAAAAUCCCCAAAACUCCAGCAAAGAAGCCACGUACUAAGAAACCUGCGGCAAAGAAACCAGCAAAGAAGUAAUUCUUUUAUCUGAAAGUUAAAAAAGUGACAAAAAACUAUGCUAAAUAAAGAAUUACUUUAAGCCA